AACUACUACCUGUCGACAGGAGCAUAGAAGAAACAUCAAUAUCAACAACAACAUCCACUUCAUUCGAUUUAUUAGCAUCAAAUAUGCACUUCGUAAAAUUGAGCGCCAUUGACACACGGAUCCUGGUUCUCGUGAACAGUAUCCUUCCCUAUCGGACAUUGCUUUGCUCGCUGAUGCUGCUGAAAAUGCUUUCCAGUGCGCUGGUGGACGAAGCUGCAAUUGCGUUCCCAUUCGGUAACGGAGUACGAGCGGACGGGAAGUGUGCUUUUCCAGAUCUGUGUCCCCAGGGAUAUGCUGCKCAGGACGUAGGAUCGUGGUAUGAGACGAUCGGAAGAAGCGGGCGCAUCCGUUACCUUGAAAUCGUCGCUCUGGAUUUUGCCGUUUUGAUACCAAUGUAUUCGUUGUUUCUAUUUUUGGAAAUAUCCAUGCUCGCAAGAACGAUUCCUACUUUGGUACCGCAUUGGCUAUCACUGCUCCCGUUUGUGGCCGUAGCCUUCGAUAUGAUCGAAACCAGCACACACUGUUAUGGGGUGGCUCGCCUUGCGAAGGUGGACCUCCUCGGUGGUCUUCCAUGGCCGCUGGUUCCAUCCUCGGGAUGGCUCGAACUUGCAUCCCUCGCCACCCGCACGAAAUUCAAGUUCCUCUUACUCUCGAUGGUACURGCCAUCCUCGGUACGACCGCCAGUUCGUUUGCAUACCUUUCUGGUAGUACUCCCCAGAGCCAAACCAUUCGGGAUCGAAAACAAGACAAACAAAACUGAGGGAAUCCAAACUCAACUAAAUGAACUCUAGCAUGCUGGAAGCCGAUGGGACGCAAGAAAACAAACGAACCAGUUAGGAGUACAUUGUAUUCAAAUGUUUCACGAAAAAAUCUAUUGCCGAAAUUGGAAAUAAAUUAUAGCUAUCAAA